AUGAAGUCAGUUUUAGCUAUUUCACUUCUGCUUGCAAGUCUAACUAGUGCCUAUAUUCUACCAAGAUAGAAUGCUCCAGUAUUCAAUAAAGUGAAUGCAGUAGUUGAUGCUAAAUUCUAGAAGGUAUCUCUAGGUGAUUACGCUGGAAAAUACUUGGUUUUAUUGUUCUAUCCAUUUGAUUUUACCUAUGUUUGCCCUACAGAAUUGAUCUCAUUUUCUGAAAAUAUCUAGAAAUUCAAGGAACUAGGAGCAGAGGUCCUAGGUAUCUCAACUGAUUCACACUUCACUCAUUUAGCAUGGAUCAAGACUCCAAGAACUGAGGGAGGUCUUGGCCACAUCGAGUACCCAUUGAUUGCAGAUAUCUCUAAGGAGAUUUCAAGAUCAUAUGGUGUUUUAGUUGAAGAUCACAACGAUGACUUGUAUGGAGCUGCCCUUAGAGGUCUCUUUGUGAUUGAUGGAAACGGAAAAAUUAGAAGCAUGUAAAUUAAUGAUGCCCCCGUGGGUAGAAGCGUUGAUGAGACUCUCAGACUUAUCCAAGCUUUCUAACAUACUGAUAAAAAUGGAGAAGUAUGCCCAGCUAACUGGAAACCAGGCCAAAAAACCAUUAUCCCUGAUCAAGAAUAAAAGAAGAAGUAUUUCGGCGCUGAGUUUGCUGAUACCCUUUGA